UUUUCCUUUUUUUAUUUCGUGGCGAUUCGGAAAACAAUAGACACGAUGAGGAACAACCAACCUAAAAUGUGCAUCUGGGUGCUCGUUAUGGCGGUCCUCCUGGUCAGCGCCCACGCCGACACCGUCUCAGCUGUCAAUCAAGCCGAAAGAUUUCUAUCGAUGUUCUCAGUCGUGAGGUUUAAGAACGCUGCGUGCACCGGCUCUUCUGGCGACUCGGGGACUUGUUACGCCAAACACACCUGUCUCUUCAACGGCGGCAGUCUGGAGGGCACCUGCGCAGGCGGCUUCGGGAACUGCUGUGUCACAAAGAUCGGGUGCGGUGGAGUUAGCAGAAAUAACUGCACUUACAUCCAGAGUCCAGGUUACCCGUCUACCUUCAGUACGGCCAUGACUUGUACGCAGACGAUCAAUUUCAAUACCGACGUCUGUCAGCUGAGACUUGACGUGACUGAGGUUGACCUUGCUCCGCCUGACAACUCCGGAAUGUGUCUCGAGGACGUCCUCACCUUCUCGCAAGACACGAAGUGGUCGCAGGUUUGCGGGACGACCCUCAACACCCACUACUACCUGGACGUGGACCCAACAACGAGCACAAAGGUCGAUUUUAACUUCAACAUCGGCGCCGGAACUUACCCCCGGAAGUGGAAGAUCAAAGUAUCGCAAAUCUGCUGCGACCAACUCUCCAUGGCUCCCAUGGGGUGCGGGCAGUACUUCACCUCGACCACGGGCACCAUUAAGGCUUGGAACGCAGACGGGAGCAACCGGGUGUACCUCCAUGGCCAAAACUAUGCUAUUUGUCUCAGGAAGGAACUGGAUCAGUGCUCGAUCACCUACACGGAGACUAUGGCCGACUGGUUCCUGCCGCGCUGUGGAGACACUCUCGAGUUCCCGUUUUCUAUCAUCCAGAUGAACAACCCCUCCACAGGGGAGACUUGCGUCGAUCUUGCCGGCAUCAGGCCCGUCCUUCAACCUGCGACGGCCACUCUGCAGGGUCCACAACAAAUAUACUUCGUGACAGGGGAUGGCGGGAAUGACCAUUUUGGCGUCGGGCAAAACUCCAACCUAGAUCUUGAUUUUUCUCAAGGAGCUUGCUAAGGAUGCUUAAGGGAUCUUGAUGUUAUUGUCCUUUUGUUGUUGUUGUUGUUUGUUGUUGAAUGCAUAUAUUUUUAUUUAUUUGUUUAGUGUUAGGUUAGUAUUUAUAUGAUGUAAGUUGCCUCUGCUAGAUCUGUCUUUAUUAAUGGUUAGUAAAUAUGA